AUGCCUAGAAAGAUAGAAAGAAAGUUCACAUUCGUAAAACAUGGUGAGGAGAAUUACCUCUACAUGGAAGGAGCCCAAGAAUGGCGAAAUACAUUCUUUAGAAGUUCCGAGUUUAGGGCCCUCCAAGAAAGUAAGAUCAAAGAUAUCUUCAAAAUCCCGGAAAGUGACGCACGAUUCCCCGUUCGUCAAGACAGCAAAAGAACUCAACUCCCCGGUACCGAAACGCGAGACUGGUACGACUUCCAUUGUCCUACUGGGGCCGUUUUGUUCCCAUAUGACUUUACCACUAUUCCGACGGCACUAUCGAAUUCUACGGGCUCCUUCCAAAUGCCUCAACUGAAACGGCUACUUACCGAUAGGAAGAAAUGUUUAAACGGUAUAUCGAUGUCGAACUAUCGUCGAAUUCAGGACCUUAAACGUGGUGAUCGAGUUAUUCUGCCCAAUGACUCCCAGAUCCACAUUCUCAACAAAGGCAUUAUUCCCAAGGGCGUUUUGAUCAUUGCUCGUACCGGUACCCAGGAAAUUACAGGUUAUAACGCCCUUCAGGUUCGAACUUAUGUCGAUCUCAAACUCUACGAGUUUAUCCUCCCACACCAUAUCCGCUCCCUCCAUCUCGUCGAAACCGAGACUAGCUUGAUGUCUAAGCAGCCUCCCAAUAUUCCCUUGCCAGGCUACUUCACCCUCCGCCACGCCUACCUUAUCGAUAUCGAGUUAGAGUCGCCAGAAUCCGAAGAUCCAGAAUUAAAACCGAAAUUUCCGAUGUAUCGCUUCGAACUAGCAUUCCUAGCCGAGAACGGCACAGCUAGUAUUCAAAAAUUCCUUUGCUCAGAAACCGUCCACGAAUCCGUUAACCGUCUGGAAGUCUCCUGGAAUGUGGGGUACCCCGCUCGAGCCGCGAAUUUUGCAACGGCGAAUAAAUGGGUUGUGUGGCUGUUGAAGUAUAUUCCUUCGACCCUAUCGUCGCAGUCAAGACAUAUAGAGACUAGAUGGAUCGAAGCUGAGACUUAUCAAAUACUUGGGUGGAGUACCUCGGGCGUUUUGGCGACUGGGUCGGAUAGUGUUGGGGCUAUUCAGACGUCGGAGUUGACAGCUGGAACGAAGAUGUAUGAGGACGAUUUGUAUAGAGUACUUGACCAACAGGUUGUACCAAGACCGCCCAAGCCCCCGAAGCUAUAG